AAGUCGCCGCCUGUGGGCGCGCGAGGACCGGAAGUCGCCGGCUCGGAGCUCCUCUCAGGGGCCGCGAGGACCGGAAGUCGCCGGCGGGCGGCGCGAGGACCGGAAGUGGCCGGCUCGGAGCUCCUCUCAGGGGCCGCGCGGACCGGAAGUGGGCGGCCGUCGUCGCGCGUGAGGCUUGGGGGAUGUCGCGGUCCCGGACGGAGCCGCCGUCGGAGUUCCACCCGGGGCGUCCCUGGGGGCCCCAGCCCGAGGACGAAGGAGCCGGGGACCCCCGACAUGGCGGCCCGGACCGCGACGCCGACGGCGACGACGAGGGCGACGACGGGCGGGACGACGGCUUCAGCCUGGAGGAGGUGCUGCGGCUCGGGGGCACGAAGAGCGAUUAUGUCAUGCUGGCCGCCCUCAACGAGACCGAAGACCUUGUGGACGGAGGUAAGAAAGGAACAAUCGACGAUUUCCAGCCGGGUGAACUGGAAGCGUUUAUCAAAAGUUUAGGGGUGAGCAAAUAUGCAGACUGUAUCCUGUUGGAGGAUGACGAGGAGCCAGCGGACAAAGAAAAAUCCAGCGGGCAGAAAGAAAGGCCGUCUUCGGUAGAAGUCGACAAAGGAAGCCCAGCGGAAGUCAGCAAGACACAGAGUAGUAAGGUCAAAAAAAGCCAGAAGCCAGCACAGCCGACGGCCGAGCCCCGCAGCGGCAGUAAGGCAGCGGGGAAGAGAGACAAGGAACAGGACGUCUUCGAAUUCUGUGCGAGGCAGACCUUGCUGAUCAAACCAGGAGGCAAAUGGUACGACCUGGAUUACACCGGUGAGUUUUCCCCGGAGCCGCAGGAUCCCGCCGUGAUGUCCAAGUACAAAGUUUUGGCCCAGCAGCUCUACCAGCACGAGACGGAGUUGUUUAAAAGUAAGGCCAGCCUUCGGAAAGGAGGCUCGGCCACCUGGAUGAAAACCAUCGUGUCCACGGGGACCCUGGGGGACAGAAUGGCAGCCAUGACCCUGCUCAUCCAGGACGGCGCCGUUCACACGCUCCAGUAUGUGGAGAUCCUAGUGAACCUCAUCAAAAAGAAAGGCAGCAGGCGGCAGAGCCUGAUGGCCUUGGAUACUUUAAAAGAACUGCUCCUCUCCGACCUCUUGCCAGAUCAUCGAAAACUCGGGGCUUUCUCUCAGCGUCCUUUGAAGGGACUCGAGGCGCUGUCCAGCGGCAACCGGGAUACGAGGGAUCGGCGGCUGCUGCUGUGGUAUUUCGAGCAUCAGCUGAAACACCUGGUGGCCGAGUUCGUGCAGGCCUUGGAGACGCUGAGCCACGACUCCCUGCUGGCUACGAAGAUGCGAGCCAUCUCCGUGGCUCACGAGUUGCUGUGUAGCAAGCCCGAGGAAGAGAAAGCCUUUCUCGUUCAGCUGGUCAACAAACUGGGCGAUCCUCAGAACAGGAUUGCCACCAGGGCGUCUCACCUGCUAGAGACCCUGCUCCAUCAGCACCCCAAGAUGAAAGGGGUGGUGUGCGGUGAAGUUGAGAGGCUCCUGUAUCGAGCGAACAUCAGCCCCAAAGCCCAGUACUACUCGGUUUGCUUUUUAAAUCAAAUGGUCUUCACCCACGACGAGAGUGACCUGGCCAACAAGUUGAUCACCCUUUACUUUAGUUUUUUUCGGAGCUGUAUCAAGAAGAAGGAUGUGGAGUCCAAGAUGCUGAGCGCCCUCUUAACGGGCGUGAACAGAGCCUACCCUUUUGCCCAGACCAGGGACGACAAGGUGAAGGAGCAGCUGGACACUCUCUUCAGGGUACUGCACGCGGUGAAUUUUAAUACGAGCGUCCAGGCCCUGAUGUUACUUUUCCAAGUGAUGGAUUCUCACCAGGCGAUAUCGGACCGAUAUUACGCGGCGUUGUACAAGAAGUUGUUAGAUCCAGGGUUGGCAUUAUGUUCUAAGCAGUCCAUGUUCCUUAAUCUUCUCUACAAGUCUGUAAAAACGGACGUCGUGAUACGCCGUGUAAAGGCUUUUGUGAAGAGGUUGCUUCAAGUCACCUGUGGUCAAAUGCCGUCAUUCAUUUGUGGAGCCUUAUAUCUUGUGUCUGAAAUCCUAAAAGUGAAACCAGGUUUACAGACUCAGCUGCGGGAUCACCCGGAAUGUGAAGAAGAAGAGAAUUUUCAAGAUUUGGGGAAUGUUGGCAGUGAUGAUGAUGAUGAUGGCAUAGAAAAGUUCACAGAUGCCGAUAAGGAACUGGAAGGAGCCGAAACGAAGACAGAAAGUCUCAGUAAGGCGGGCAGCACAGAAUCUGCUUCCUGGGUGCAUCUUGAGAAUUUGAAAGGUGGAAAAGAAGUAAAUAGCUAUGAUCCAUUGAGUAGGAAUCCUUUGUUCUGUGGAGCUGAUCACACAAGUCUUUGGGAACUCAAAAAGCUUUCUGAACACUUUCAUCCAUCUGUGGCCCUUUUUGCAAAAACAAUCCUACAGGGGGAUUAUAUUCAGUAUUCAGGGGACCCUCUACAGGACUUCACAUUAAUGAGAUUCCUGGAUCGAUUUGUGUACCGCAAUCCUAAGCAACAUAAAGGCAAAGAGAACACCAAUAGUGUUAUAAUGCAGCCAAAGAAGAAACAAUUUAUGACUGAUAAGUGUAAUCUUGCUGUGAACAGCAAGGAAUUCCUUGCCAAGGAAGAAAACCAAAUACCAGUGGAUGAAGUGUUUUUCCACAGGUACUUUAAGAAGGCUGCCAAAGAGAAACGAAAACGUCACGCAGAUGACGAAAGCGUGGAAGAUGUCGAUGAUGACGAAUUUGAAAGGAUGCUUGACUCGGUCGAAGACGAUAAUUUUAACACUAGCAAGAAUGACCUUGAUUUUGCGGGUAAUGUGAAGAGGAAACCCAAGAAGGGUAAGAGAAACAAAGGCGGGGCAUCCGACUCGGAAGAGAGCGACGGCGACGAGGACGACGAGUUGGACGACGAAGAGGUCUCCUUGGGUAGUAUGGACGGAGAAUUUGGGGAUGAAGUUGAUGAAGACGGGGGUACGUUCAUGGACGUGCUGAACGAUGAAAACUCUUCGGAACUAGGUGACGAAGACGAAGGUGGAAUGGAACCAAACCUCAAGCUCAGCAUGAAAAAUGGCAAGAGGAAAAAAGCAGAUAUCGACUUCUCUGGAUCUUUUCAGGGCCCAAAGAAGAAAAAGAGGAGAGAUUUCCAAAACAGUGCCCUGUUUGUGGCUGCUGAAGAGUUUGGCCACUUGCUGGACGAAAACAUCGGGUCCAAAUUUGACAACAUUGGCAUGAACGCCAUGGCCAACAAAGAUCGUGCACAUAUCAAACAGCUUCGCUGGGAAGCGGAGCGAGAUGACUGGCUGCACAACAGGGACGUGAAGAGUAUUGUCCAGAAGAAGAGGAAGUUCAAAUCACAGGGCCUGAAGAACAGACACAAAGGCAAAAAGCAAAGAAAGUGAGAUGCCUUUUUUUUAUAAAGGGGAACCAUCUCAAACUUUUAAAUUAUACACUCACUUCUAGUUUUUGUUGUUGUUCAACCACUUUUCUUCAUCUCUCUCUCUGAUUCCACGGAUUCCAGACCAUUCAUUGGAUUUGUAAUAAACUAUAAGAGAGUGUCACUUGUAAAUAAACGUGGUUUGUUUUUUUGUCAGAA